AUGUCUGCGUCGGCGAUUUUUAUUCUCGAUUCAAAAGGAAAAGUCCUUAUCUAUCGAAAUUAUCGCGAUGAUAUUGACAUGGGCGUGAUUGAGAAAUUUCUGUCAAUCGUCAUAGAGAAGGAAGAUGAGGGCCAAAUUUCUCCCGUGAUCCACUACGAGGGUGCCAGUUUUAUUUACGUCAAGUAUAACUACCUUUACCUUGUCGCUCUGACGAAAAGGAAUGCAAAUGCUGCAGUUGUUUUUGCAUUUCUAUACAGAUUGAUAAAUAUAUUUCUUGAGUAUUUCAAAGAUUUGGAGGAAGAAAGUAUUCGCGAUAACUUUGUCAUCACUUAUGAGCUCCUUGAUGAAAUUAUGGAUUUUGGCUAUCCACAAACAACGGACUCUAAAAUACUUCAGGAGUAUAUCACCCAACAAAGCAGCAAACUUGAGAUCGCACCUAGACCACCUAUGGCCGUCACUAAUGCUGUAUCUUGGCGCUCGGAGUCUGUGAAAUAUCGGAGGAAUGAAGUGUUCCUUGAUGUUAUCGAAAGCGUAAAUCUCCUUGUUAGCUCUACCGGCAACGUGCUUCAAAGCGAAAUCGUUGGCUGCAUAAAAAUGAAAGUUUACCUUUCGGGUAUGCCAGAGCUUCGAUUAGGUGUCAAUGAUAAACUCCGUUUGGAGCCCAACGGCAACCUUGGACAUGUUUCCUUAAUGCUUGACAUUGCUUCUUCCCUAGAUCGAGGAAAGAGCAAGUCUGUGGAAUUGGAAGACAUUAAAUUUCAUCAAUGCGUCCGAUUGUCACGUUUUGAAAAUGAUCGAACAAUCUCCUUUAUUCCUCCAGACGGCGAAUUCGAACUCAUGUCCUACCGUCUGAACACUCACGUAGGUGGUGCUGUUGCCGGCAUCAGUUUUGGUUUCAAAAGGGGACUGAAGAGUCAUUUUCAACCCUAUAUUUGUACGACCUAUUUAUAG